CGAUGCCCCAUUUUUUUUCCUCUCUAAGCUGCCACCUCAGCUUCCGACGCCAAAAGAAAAAAAAACUGAAAAAUUACAACUCGUCCUUGUUGACUCGGUUCCCCGCCUUUUUUGUUGUCUCGAAUCGGUCUCGAGUUUUUGGAACUCAGUUCGUGCUUGGAUCUGGUAAGGCUUUUAAGGUAAAUCAGAAACUGUAUCAGAAUGAAGGCACUUAUUCUUGUUGGAGGGUUUGGAACUCGAUUGAGGCCAUUGACUCUCAGUGUUCCGAAGCCACUUGUCGAAUUCGCUAAUAAACCCAUGAUCCUGCAUCAGAUUGAGGCUCUCAAGGCUGUUGGUGUAACUGAAGUUGUGUUGGCUAUUAAUUACCAACCUGAGGUGAUGUUGAACUUCUUGAAGGAAUUCGAAACUAAACUCGGGAUCACGAUCACGUGUUCUCAAGAGACUGAGCCGCUCGGCACUGCUGGUCCUCUUGCUUUGGCUAGGGACAAACUUGUUGACGAGUCCGGCGAACCGUUUUUUGUCCUUAACAGUGACGUUAUCAGUGAGUAUCCAUUCAAAGAAAUGAUUGAAUUCCACAAAGCUCAUGGUGGAGAAGCUUCCAUAAUGGUAACCAAGGUGGAUGAACCAUCGAAAUAUGGUGUGGUGGUGAUGGAAGAAUCAACAGGACAAGUGGACAAAUUCGUGGAAAAACCUAAAUUGUUCGUUGGAAACAAAAUCAAUGCUGGGAUUUAUCUGCUGAACCCUUCUGUUCUUGAUAGAAUCGAACUGAGACCAACCUCGAUUGAAAAAGAGGUCUUCCCGAAGAUUGCAGCCGAGAAGAAGCUGUAUGCAAUGGUCCUACCAGGGUUUUGGAUGGACAUCGGUCAACCAAGGGACUAUAUUACCGGACUAAGACUCUAUCUAGACUCCCUUCGAAAGAAAGCUUCACCUAAGUUGGCCAGUGGUCCAAACGUUGUAGGAAACGUUUUGGUUCAUGAGACUGCCAAAAUCGGAGAAGGAUGUUUGAUCGGACCAGACGUGGCAAUCGGUCCAGGCUGCGUUGUCGAGUCCGGAGUCAGACUUUCUCGUUGCACGGUGAUGCGUGGAGUGCGCAUCAAGAAACACGCAUGCAUAUCCAGCAGUAUCAUCGGAUGGCAUUCCACCAUUGGUCAAUGGGCUAGAGUAGAAAACAUGACCAUCCUUGGAGAAGACGUUCACGUAUGUGACGAAAUUUACAGCAACGGCGGCGUGGUUUUGCCUCACAAAGAGAUCAAAUCAAGCAUCUUGAAGCCGGAAAUCGUCAUGUGAUGAUGUUUUUUCGUUUUCCAGGUAAAAUUAAAGAAUGUAUUUGUUCUUUUUUUAUUAAUUCCUUCUUUUUCACUCCAACAAGAAGUAUUGAAUCCCAGUUUUCUGCUAAGUCUCAAGGGUCAUUUUCUGUUUGUCAAUUGCUUAAGUUAAUCAUUGGUGUGAAAUGUGUAACUUUAAUGUGUAUAUUACAAAUAAACAUUACAUCUGUUGGUUUUA